CAUACAAUUUCAAAUAGUGAUCGAACAUGUCAUUAUGUUUGAAACUUUACCCAUAUUUAUUUUAUUGAUUCCAUGCUGCCUAACAUUCCGAGCGCCAAAUGUUGGAACCACACUAUUCACCGAGUCUGACCUGACCAAGCAAUGCUGGGAUUCGGACAGCAUCUCCCUGCUCCACUCCAGGAUGUUCCUGGAGCUGUUGCUGCCCUGCCCGAGGGUCUUGUACGAGCUCGACAACGAGUUCGCCUCCGACCUGAUCAAGUACUUCAGUCUAAUAUUGACCACCAUGCAUUCGUUCCCAGAUGGGAGGAAGAAGCAACUCAGCAUUUAUGCCAUGGAGGAUAUUAUUGGCGGAUAUUUCCAUUCCUUGCUCCUGCCCAUAGCACGUUUCUCCUAUUACGCGGGUAUCAUCAACUGGAGGAGUAUGAGGAAGUUGAAUCGUUAUUACAAUCAGCUGAAGGAGGUACUCAGGACAGAGGGACAAGGAUGGGCUCCACCCCGGCCCCAGAACUGGGAAAACUACGACGCUAGGAGGCUGCCCAUGCGUUCCAAAGCCGCCUGCCUCGAAGGAGAGGUCCCGUGCAGCAACAUCAGACUCUACAGACGUCUCAAGUGCUGCGACGAGCUGAAGACUUGUGGUAGAUGCAUGAAAGUAGCCGUACCAGUGCCUUUCUUCGACUGCAAGAUGAAACCGCACGCCAUGGCGGUCCCUUUCAAGAACUGCCCCAUCUUCGACGUCAAUUCGGCCAGAUCUGCCUACGUGCUGAUCCGGUUCUACGUCCAGAGCUACAGGUGCCUCUACUGCAAGUGCAACCACGGCGACUGCCUGAGGAUAUUCAGGAACAACUUCUACACCUGGCUGGUGGACGAGGUGGUGCCGAGGUUCAACGACGACAAGACUUACGUGGCCUUCGGCGGCGUCAUAAGGCUGCUCAAGACGCUGGAGUGUCAAGGUGUCAAACACGUCGAUUUGCUGCACGAGAGACAGUGCUACAAUAGAAUGGCCGGUGUCAGCGAGGAUCCAUUUAUCGAAUACACAAGGCACAAACUGAAAGUGAUACUGAUUGCCCUCUUGGUUGUUCUGCUGUUAUGGUUCCUCUUGGCCUCGUGCAUCAUUUGCUGUAGGAUGGCAAGAAAAAGAUGCACUUGUGGCAAACCAGCCAGGAGCGAAUCGAGCAAGUCUGGCAGAUCGUGUCCUCCAAGGAAAUCAUCAACACUUCUGGACAAGAUACUUGGCGAAAAGGGUAGAAGACGCAAACUCUGGUGUAGUUGCGGAAGUAAGACCUACUACUCCCUCACCGACGAUACCAGCAGAGGCAAGACUUCGAGCCCUAAAUCUGAAGAUUCCAGCCCUAAAUCCGUUCCCUCCAGUCCCACCAAAUCCAGUUCUCCAAGAACCUACUUCAGCUCGGACUCCCAAUCCAGAUCCUCUAGAGGCGACGUGCAGGUCUACUCGGCUGCCGAAGAAUCCGCCUCCAACAUCAAAGCCGGAAGCACUUCGGCAGAAUCCAGAGGGCUGCCGCCCAUCGUGGAGAUGUCCGAGAGGUCCUCGGCUCCAGAGAGCAAGGGCAAGGUGAAAUUUGGUCCUUCGGCGGCCAGGAUGUCCGCUACAGGUGAAAUCUCGAUAUACGCGAUAAAAAGAGACAGCGUGUCCGGAACGGAUAAGCAGGAGUCUGGAACGGAUCUGGGAUCGGGUCAGUCGGUACCAGGCAAGGCUCAGAGGUCGAUCAAAGAGGACAGCUUAGAUUCUGGGAAAUCUGGCAGUAUACAGGCGGAUUCACAGGCUCACUGCUACAGCGAUGAAAGUGAUGCAAUAACUGAAGGAACUGGAAGAACUGACAUAUCUAGCGAUUCUAUUGAACAGAUACCACCCCGUUGAAGAGAGAUGCCCAAAUGGGAGUUUUACAAGAAGCGAUAAAAGUUAUGAGGAAUUAAGAAUAAAGUAUUAUUUUUUGAAUAUAUAUUAUAUAACUAUCGUAUGUGCAAUAAAAUAUUUUUCCCUUCGAA